CCCGCCCCCGCCCGCCGCGGCGCGGGCAGUGGGGCCAUGGCGGGGCCGGGCGUCGGGCGCGCUGCGGGGCUCCCCCUGCGCCGCUGGCUGCAGCCGCUGGCCGGGGCGCCGCGCUCGGAGCCGGCCCGGAGGGGCCGAGCCAGCGCGGCCGGAGCAGCCGCUGCGGCGCAGGGCGAGCGGCGGCUGAAGGGCCCCGAGGAGCUGCCGGGGCCGGGGCUGCUGGGCUCGCUGUACUGGAUCUUCGUGCGCGGCUACCUGCUGCACACGCACCAGCUGCAGGUGACGUUCCGGAAGCUUUACGGCCCCAUGUGGAAAUCCACCUUUGGGAAGUACAAGAACGUGAACAUCGGGAGCCCGGAGAUCCUGGAGCAGCUGCUGAGGCAGGAGGGGAAAUACCCCAUGAGGAGCGACAUGGCCCUGUGGAAGGAGCAUCGGGAUAUCAGGCAGCUGCCGUACGGCCUGUUCACCGAGGAAGGGGAACGCUGGUACCGCCUGCGCCAGGUCCUCAACCAGCGGAUGCUCAAGCCGUCGGAGGCCAUGCUGUACACGGGGGCCAUCAACGAGGUGGUGUCGGACCUGAUGGCCCGGCUGCAGGUGGAGAGGGCCGGGAGCCCCUCGGGGGUCCUGGUGGGGGACGUGACCAGCCUGCUCUACAGAUUCGCCCUGGAAGGCAUCUCCUACAUCCUCUUCGAGACCCGCAUCGGGUGCCUGGAGCAGGAGAUCCCCCUGGAGACGCGGCACUUCAUCGACGCCGUCGGCCUCAUGCUGAAGAACUCCAUCUUCGCCACCGUCCUGCCCCAGUGGAGCCGGGAGCUGCUGCCCUUCUGGAACCGCUACCUGGGGAACUGGGACACCAUCUUCGCCUUCGGUCUGUGCCCUGGGCGGGGAGCCGGGGUCAGACUCCACCCUGGCGUCGCUGGGAUGGUACCCAGGGCUGGGAGCCGCGUCGCCCUUCGCGGGGAGCAGUUUUACCUGCUGCAGCUCAGCUCCCUGAAACCAAGCCCUGGCUUCCAGAUCUCCCAGCCCUCGCCCUCUGUGCGCAGGCAAGAAGCUGAUCGACAGGAAGAUGGAGGAGCUGGAGGGGCAGCUGGAGCGGGGCGAGCAGGUGUCGGGCUACCUGAGCUACCUGCUGGCCAGCGGCAAGCUGAUGCCGGCGGAGGUGUACGGCAACGUGGCGGAGCUGCUCCUGGCCGGCGUGGACACGACGUCCAACACCUUGUCCUGGGCCCUCUACCACCUGGCCAGGAGCCCAGAGACCCAGACCUCCUUGUACCAGGAGGUGAACAGUGUCGUCCCCGGAGAGCGGAUCCCCGGCGCCCAGGAUCUCGCCAAGAUGCCGCUGCUUCGGGCCAUUAUCAAGGAAACGCUCAGGCUGUACCCCGUGGUCCCCACCAACGCCAGGGUCAUGGUGGAGAAAGACGUCAUCAUUGGAGGCUAUCACUUCCCGAAGAACACGCUCUUCGUCCUGGCUCACUACGCGAUGGCGCACGACCAGACCAGCUUCCCGGAGCCCGAGCGCUUCCUGCCCCAGCGCUGGCUCCGGGGCCACGGCUCCGCCCACCACCCCUUCAGCUCCAUCCCCUUCGGCUACGGGGUCCGCGGCUGCCUGGGCCGGCGCUUCGCGGAGCUGGAGAUGCACCUGGCUCUGGCCAGGAUCACCCGGACGUUCGAGCUGCGGCCGGACCCCCGUGGCACGGAGGUGAAGUCGGUCUCCCGCAUUGUCCUGGUGCCCAACAAGCCCAUCAACCUGCAGUUCAUUGCCCGCCAGCCGGCCCCCUGAGCGCCCCCACCCCGCUUUGCUCAUCCCAGGACCCCAUCCGAGUCCGCCCCUCGCCUGGGCCUUCCGGGCUAGACAGGUCUGCCCUGGGCCCGGCUCUCUCCCCGUUAGGCCCUGGGGAUGGCAGCUGCCCACGGGUCAGGGUGUAGGUGGGAUCUCGGCUGGCGUGGGCAGGGCAGCCGUGUGGUCUCAAUGUAGCUGGAAUCAAUGGGCCAAAGGUGUUCCUGCGCCCGUCGCACUCCAGCCUUACAGGGUGUUGAACAGGGUCUGGGGUUCGUGGGCGCAGCCUGGGCCGGCCGGGCACCCUGGCAAAUGCCCCGGUUGCCUUUCACUAGCGAUCCCCAAACCGGGGAGAAGCGGCGCCAGCCUGGAACCGGGCAGGGCUAAGUCAGGCCUGGCUGGGAACGGGAAGGAAAAGGCACCGGGGGUGACUCUCAGCUGGCACUGAGGACGUCCUGGGGCAGAGGAGAGGUUAGUGGAGAUGGGCCGGAGCUGGCUGUCCGCCCAGGGGUGGCAGGAUACGGCUGGCACCAACAGAGGCAGCCCUGCCAGCUGGGUCCCUCUUUUCAGCGUGAGGAAGGCCGGGGGCAAGUGGUGCCAGUCUCCUUUGGAGGACGCAGCCAGCAGCGAUGGGGAGCCUAGCCCCGCCCCCCCCAUUGCUUUGUCUGCCCAUUAGGCCUAACUGCCCCCUCACCCAUUGUGGUUCGUUCAUUUCCGGACCCCCCCACCCAGGCUGUGUUCACCAGGCCUGAGCUCCCCCGGCCCGGUGUUUUGCUGGGACCAAUUUGGCCCGGCUCCCUUUGCCCAGCAAGAUGUGCCCAGCUUGCACUGAGGGUACGUUGGUGGGUCUGGCUAUCGCCCCAGCUCCUGGGGAUGGGUCAGGGCCUCCCGCUGCUUGGGGGGGCUGGGGUCCCCUUUAACCAUGAAAGCACCGAGCCGGAGGUGCCGCUGCUCUGAUCCAAAGAGCAAACUCCACAUCUCCCCCCUCGGUGUCACUGGAGCUCCCCGCAGCAGCGGGGACCCGAAGAGCAGCUCGCCCCCCUCGCCCUGCCCCAGGGGCUGCCCGCUCCAGGCUGGGCGGCGGGGGGGGGUUACCCCCAACAUGCCCCCGCCACUCUAGCGCCACCUAGCCCCUGUCCCCCGCCCACGCAGAGGAACCUCUGCACUGGGACAGUCUGUGGUGGGCGCUGCCAGGGGGGACCCACCCAGCUGUGCCAGCCGGUGGAACGGCCAGGCCUGGCCGGAGCUGGGCUGCAGCGGGCUCCACUAACCUCCCUGCCACCGGCCUGCAACAAACGCACAGGGCUGGGCGCCAGGACUCCUGGGUUCGAACCCCAACGCUGACACCGACUCUCAUGCCCGCCCUGGCCCGGAGGCCCUCUGGCUAGCAGCAAAGCAGGGACGGCGAUGGUGAGCGACCUGCCGUGUGCCUGCAACCUCCCAGCUUCCCCGGGGGCGUCAGCGCUGCCCUGGGCGUGGGGGGGUCCUGUAGCCCAGCUGGGCAGCAAUAAAGUAACAUGCGCUUAAGCUCCUGCA